AUGACGGAUCAUAGCAGUGCACCGAUCGAUUUACGCAUUAAACGUAAAUGUGAUGAUAUCGAUGAAAACCGAUCGACAAAGAAAAAGUCUCGCGCAUAUCUCGAUCCCGAGAUUCCAUUAGACUUAUCCACCAAGUCACAAUCGCAACAAUCGUUACCACAACAUUCAGUAUUCAAUCCAUUAAAUACAACAUCAUCAACUGUACCUUUCUACGAUCCAUCAAAUCUUCUCUUCAAUUCCUCAACAUUGCUCUAUGACUUAUUCUUAGCUAAUCUGAAUUCGUAUUAUCAACAACAACAGCAGCAGCAGCCGCAACAUCCGCAUCAGAGUCAACGCGCAAAGCUUGAUCUUUCAACUUCGACAUCGAAAUCUAUUAAGCAGCAGCCAUUAAACUCCACUCGUAUGAUAAAAGAUAAUUUAGCAAGUAAACACGAGUCCUAUGCUUGUUCAUGUGGUGAAAAGUAUUCCAAUGUUGCUCAUCUCGUGAGUCAUUUGAAAAGCACCAACCACAGUGCACAGUUAUCUUCUACACAUGAUGAAGUUGCUAAACUUGUUCGUGGACAAGACAUUUGGCUUUCACGUGAUACGAAUCCAGCCAACCAAAUAUUAAAAUGUCUACGCUGCUCAUUAUCUUUUGAAACUCUACCUGAUCUAACAGCGCAUAUGAUGAAAACAAAUCAUUUCACACAACUUUUACCUUCGUCAUCAUCGUCUGUCUCUUCUUCUCUAUCAACAACAACCUCGGCUACAUCGUCUUUUCACCAUUCCAAUGCGAAACAACAACAACAACAUUCGCCAACAAAAACGUUGACAUCUCCUUCUUUGACACGGUCGACAUGUUUAGUAUGCUCUCAGCAAUUUAUUCGAGAGGUUGAUCUUAUCGAUCAUAUUCAACAUCAUCAUCAGAUACGUUUCAAUUGUACAACAUGUGGAAUGUAUUUCGAAAAUGAAAAUCUCUAUAAAGAACAUAUUUUGAAAGAAAUGCAUCAUCGAAACGGCAAAGCAAAUCGAAAUCGCGAUUAUUUUCUUAAUCAAUGUAAAACAUUACAAAAACGAACUCUAAAUUUCAAAUCAGAACAAAUCAAGGCUCAUUCAGCUGUCGAUAAAGAUGUGGAAUCAGUUCUAAUGGAUUUACUCGAACGUAUUGUCAAAAAUGAAGAUGACUCUCAAGAAACAACGGCAGGAGUAAACCCGCUUUCACUUUUACAAAGUUUUGUUACAAAACAAACAUCGUCGACGGAUCGACAUUCGGACUUAAAUAAUAAUUAUGAAGAUGAGAAUAGUGAUCACUCAUCUCAUGAAAAGUCGUUUCCAUCAACUGUUUAUCAUCAUGAGCAAAUUUCAAAUAAUUUAUCGUCGAAAUCCAAUGAAAGUCCAUUAGUUUCACUAGAAAAGAUGCUGUCCUAUCCAACAACAACGAUUCAAUCAUUAUCGUCGACUAUAACUGAUAAUGGAACAGCGUUGAAUCCAUCGAAUAAUUCAAUCAUGACAAUUAAAAAGAAAAAAUUUGAUAAAUAUCGAUUAUUUGCUGAAAAAAUGCUUCGAUCAACUUUGUCAUAA